AUGAGUACCCAACCACUCAUAGCCAAUGAGUUGCUGGCAUUUAUUCAACAUGCCAUCGACACGAUGGAUGAGGUUAGCAUCUUGCAAAUCUGCAAAUCUAACUUCAAGGAGGAAGACAUAAGUAGCGGCAAAAGGUUGCUAUUCCAAUGUCUUGGAAAGCUGGACGAGAUGCCAGCUCGCCGAAGAGACGGAACGGAGAAAAGUGUGCAGGAUAUAAUCACCUUGCUGAAGGUGACAGAUCCCGACGACGUGCCUGCAUUCGUGGCAAAGGACUUGCACAAGCUGCCCCCUGUCACCUUUGAUCACGUCGACGUUACCAGGUUGCUCAAGGACAUCAUAUCCUUGAAGACAAGCCUGGCUGAGGUACAAUCCAAGCUGAUGUCUUCAGAGAAUACAAUUGGAGAACUCCGUGCGGAAUUGAUGGCGUUACGCAACACAGUUGCUGUAAGUGGGUCACCGAAACUGUGCACCGACGACGCAAACAUAUGCCGCGGUGCAGCUAAUGCAUCGGUCAGCAGUUUUGAGUCGGCGAAGGCGCAGGCAUCGCCACGUGCGGGCGCUGCAGUGAGUCACUCCGCCGAACGGCUAGCGUCUCCGGCGCAGGCUACGACACGUGUGAGUACGUCGACCCCCAAACGUGCUUACGCUGACAUCGCUGCAAAGGGGGGUAAGCAGGUUCAACAGGGCGAAAAGCCUCACGUGGAUCUGCAUCAGGAGGUUCCUAAAAAGAACCAGAAUGACAAGGAAGGCUUUACCCUUGUCGAAAGAAAGAAGAAGAGGAAGCCUAUUUGCCGCAAUCAGUGCGCGACGCUGCUCUACGUGUCCCGUCUGCAUGACUCCACAGAGGUGGAGGAGAUUGUGGAGUUCAUCAAGAUAAAGGCAAAACUUCAUCUGAAGGUCGAGCAGCUGCACUCUCAACACAGAGUGGACUUCAAGUCCUUUGUGGUCAGGGUGCCGACUGAACAUCUAUCGACCUUCAUGAAAGAGGAGUUUUGGCCGCGAGGGGUAGUCUACCGACGGUUCCGAGGUCGGCUACCGGACACUGCGCGACACACGACGCCGUCUCUUCGUGUGACCUAA